AUGAAAGCCCUGAUUGUCCUGGUCCUGCUCGGAACAGCAUUGGCUGCCCCUGUGGAGCAGAGCGAUGAGAAGGUAGUUGGAGGCUAUGAGUGUCCGAGGCACUCUGUACCCUACCAGGCCUCUCUGAACGCUGGAUAUCACUUCUGUGGUGGCUCCCUGAUUAACAGCCAAUGGGUCCUCUCAGCAGCUCACUGCUUCAAGUCUCGUAUCCAGGUGCGUCUGGGUGAGCAUGACAUUGCUGUCAAUGAGGGGACAGAGCAGAUUAUCGACUCUGCAAAGUUGAUCAGGCACCCCUAUUACAACAGCUACAACCUGGACAAUGACAUCAUGCUGAUUAAGCUGAGCCGCCCGGCGAUUCUUAACAGCUACGUCCAGACAGUAUCACUGCCCAGCCGCUGUCCACAGGCCGACGAGAACUGCAUGGUCUCCGGCUGGGGCAACACCAUCACCAAUGGCAGUGAUUUCCCUGACAGGCUGCAGUGUCUAAGGCAGCCCAUCAUCGAUCACAGAAUCUGCCGAAACGCUUACCCACAUCUCUUCACUGACAACAUGGUGUGCUCUGGAUUCAUGCACGGCGGAGCCAGCAGCUGCCAGGGAGACUCUGGCGGACCCCUAGUGUGUAACGGACAGCUGCAGGGUGUUGUAUCCUGGGGUUACGAGUGUGCUCAGGUUGGCCACCCCAGUGUCUAUGCCAGAGUGUGUCGCUACAACAACUGGAUUCACAGUGUGAUAAGCAACAACUGA